AUGCCGAAAAAUAAAAAACGCAAGAGACCCAUGCCUGAUGGUGCCAAACAUCAUUUAAAAGCGUCUAUGAAAGGAUCUUGGUAUAAUCAAGAACACAGACAGGAUCAGCAAGGAACAAGUGUUUCAUCCAGAAAAAUCCCCACGGAAUCUGAACAAUUGCAAGAGGAAAACAAAGGCAGCAUCAUUGUGGACUUAGAUAUUUUGAACUCUCAAAUAAGUGAGAAUACAUGUUGUUCAAAAUGUUACGGGAAAAUGAGCCUUUCUGCAAUUCCAAGCAAGCAAAAUGGACUGUGUUCAAGUCUUUUGUUGAAGUGUCAAAAUGUUCAGUGUAACCACACCUCUGAAUUUUUUACUUCAAAAUUGUGCACAAACAGUUUUCAUUCAUUUGAAGUAAAUAGAAGUGUUGUACUUGGAAUGCGGACAAUUGGCAAGGGAAGAAAUGCUGCAUCAAAAUUUUGUGCAGCUAUGAACUUACCACAACCAGUGUCAGCAACACCAUACAGUGACCACACUAAGCAUAUUACAGAAAAUGCAAAAUCAGUACUUCUGCAGGAAUUAGAGAAUGCAGCAAAGCGUGUACAUUCCCUAAAGGAAAGUGAAGAUGAAAACUUGGGCCCUGAAAGUGUAGUUGACUGUGGAGUGACAAUUGAUGGCUCAUGGCUGAAUCGUGGACUUUCAUCACGUCAUGGAUUUGUCACUGUAAUAUCCAUUGAUACAGGGGAAGUUUUGGAUGUUCAUUACAUGUGUUCUGUGUGUCCCGAGUGCUCCAGAUGGGAGGAUAAGACAUCUCCUGAGUACCUUGACUGGUUUCUAGGCCAUGAACCUGACUGCAUGUUAAACCAUGACGGCAGUGCUCAGAGCAUGGAAACAGAAGGGGCCUCCAUUCUCUUCAAUAGGUCUGUCCAGAAGUACAAUCUUCGAUACAAUCCAUUUAUUGGGGAUGGGGACAGUAAAGCUUUCUUACGGGUACUGAGGGACAAACCCUAUGGAGACAUACAGAUACACUGA